CCAACAAUUGCGUCUGAGGAUUUCUCCUUCCUUCCAAUCCAGUAUACCAUUCCACUUCUUCAUUUUCCAGACCUAUAACUGUCAUUCUUUACAGAAAGCUGUGCUUCUCGUCCACUCAUUCAUCAACUCGUCUACAUUUUUUCUUCGUAACGUCUCCGAUUACAAAAUUUUUCACAACAUCUUCCAAAACACACUACUCACCUAACAAUUAAAAAAAUGGGUGCUGUCUCGAAACUCUGCACACUCGCUCUCGUGGCUGGAUCCAUGGGUGUCAACGCAAACGGUCUGCAGCACGAAGCCCGCGAUCUCUCCGUCUCCGACCAGAUUCUCGCAAACACUCCCUUGGAUCUCCUGAGCAAGAUCCCCGACGAUGUAAUUGAGGGCCUCCCCAAGGACCUUAAGGAUAAGCUUUCUUUUGACGGCAAGAUCCCGGAAGAAAUCAAGGAUAAGAUCCCCACUGGUGUCAAGUCUAAGUUUGCGGGCAGACCAGGAUCCACUGGCACACCUUCGAAGUACCAUGGUGGUAAGCCUGGAUCUACUGGAACUGCACACAAGGGUCCCUUCUCCGAAUCCGACUCUGAUGAAACUGCGCCGAAAUACCCAAUCGGUAAACCCGAAUCUACUGGAGCUCCGUCCGAACUUCCAAUCUCCAAGCCCGGUCCUACCGGAAUCAGCUCGACAGGCACUGUAGCCGACUACCCCGUCGCUCGAGCCGCCACGACUAGCAGCGCCGCCUCAAAGUCGUCCGACAAAUCCGAGCACUAUAAAGCCGCCAAACCCCUCUCGGAAGAAAUCGUCAAAGGCGACAAAGGCACGCUCCGCUUAAAAGCCUACGACUGGGCCCAAGACGUCGUGCUACUAGAUAUGUACCCCUUCGCAGUCCAGUCCCGCCUGCGCUCCGAACUCAUCAAGCUCAUCCUCCUCAUACCCAAGACCGUCUCCCGCGAAGAAGCAGAGGGUAAGCUCCUCCUCCUCGUCGACCUCGUCUACGCAGAGCUCCCCGCCACAGACCUCAUCAAGCAGUUCGAACGCAACGCCGAUAUGUUCUCCAAGAAAACGGGCGUGCCCCCGCGUCCUGAGGUACGUCGUAGGGCGGAGGCCAAGGAGGAGAGCUGUAGCUGUACUUCGGCGGUUACGGUGACCGUGACAUUGCCUCCUAAGGCUCCUGCGACGUCUGCGGCUUCGAGCGUGGUGCCUCCCUCGUCGGUGAAUGCUACGGGGAGUGUUGUGCCGAGGCCCUCGAACCCGCCUGCGCAGCAGAACGGUACGAAUGGAACUGCGGCUUAUACCGGUGCUGCUGCGAGUGUUGGUGGAUCGGGUAUGAUGCAGACUGUUGGUGCCAUGGUUGUCGGGUCGUUGGUUGCUGCGUUUUUGUUGUAGAGUACUUGGAUUUUCUGAGGAGGGUUUGGGGGUGUAGAUAGAUUAUCGUAUUUCUCUGUGUAUAUAUU